AUGUCUUCCCAAGAAAAAUGUAGGUACCGUGUGGAGGUGCUGCAAAUGAUGUUUGUCUCGGGAGAAACAAAUGACCCUCCUGUUGAGACUACCUCGUUGAUUGAGGACAUAGUCAGAGGCCAGGUAAUUGAGAUUCUCAUGCAAGCCACCAAGACAGCAGCCAAGAGAGGAACUCGAUCCAUUGCACCUGAAGACGUUAUUUUUCUUAUACGGCAUGACAAGGCUAAAGUUAACCGUCUAAUUACGUACCUCUCGUGGAAAGAUGUGCGCAAAAACACCAAAGACGAGGGUGGUGGAACUGAAUCAUUCAUGGAACAAGAAGGAGCUGCAAAUGGUGCUACAGGAGGUCCGUCUACGACUGACCAAUCAAAAAUGAUUACUCGAUACAGAAAGCUGAAGAUCAGAUUACCAUGGGAGGUGCAGUUCAUGUUUAGUGAACAACAUUUGGAUAAUGCUGAUGACGCUGAUGAAGCGGACGACGAAGAAAAGGCGGCAACUCUUGCGUCUCUCAAAAGGUUGAAAAUGGCUGAUGAAAGAACGAAGCAUAUGACGAAGGAGGAAUAUGUUCAUUGGUCCGAAUGCAGACAAGCAUCUUUUACGUUCAGAAAAGCGAAGAAGUUUAGAGAAUGGGCCCAGAUAUCUCAAAUAUGCGAGUCAAGACCCCAUGAUGAUGUCAUAGAUAUUCUUGGAUUUCUUACAUUUGAAAUUGUGUGUUCCCUAACUGAAGAAGCUAUGGGGAUAAAGUCUGCUGAGGAAAGGCUUUUGAUGCAAUCGAUGCUGAAGACAGGAAAAGAAAUCAACGAAAGGAAACGCAAGUACUUGUUUGAUAAACCAGACGAAUUAGCGAAACCAAUUCAACCAUAUCAUAUUGAGGAAGCAUGGAGAAGGCUACAGUCUACAGACUUCAAGCAUAAAGCCGUUAGGGCAUUCGGUGGUGGAAUGCUAAAAUCACGGACAAGACUCAUCUAA